UCGAGGCACGGUCGCGCCACUCGACGCUCCAAUCGCGCUUACGUUUCGGUGAAAACACGCUUAUCACAAACACGAAACAUAACAACACUCCGAGUAGUGACUAUAGUAAAACCGAACAUUACAAAACAAAUCAAGUGCUACCUGAACGUUGAAAAGUUUAUGAACUAAUCGUGUGAAAAUUUUGUUUACGUGAACCAAAACUCUGAAUCGGACUGUGAAAUUCGGAUUAUAUCAUCAUGUGUGAUACAACUACAAGGACUAUGUGCUAAAUUGAAGCCGAAAUUGACUUUAUAAAUUGAUGGAUACUUCACAUCCGGCAAGGGGACCCAACGUACAAACGUCGACGGAAAAAACAUGACACUGAGCCUACCGUGUCUUGUUUUCUUUCUUCCUUGAUAUUUGAUUUCCCCCAUAAUGGCUUUUCACAACACUUCUUCUAAGAAACGACCCUUCGGCCAAAUCCUGUUUUGGUUUGUUAUUGGACUUGACAUCGCCAACCAGAGCUCGUUGCCGCUGAAAUAUGAGGCUCCAGAUGAUUGCCAGUGGUGGCUAAGGGGUCCAAACGACUCCCACGAAGUUUCCCUUACAUGUAAACUUCGAACAAUAAAUAGUGAGUUUGACACUACCAAUUUCAGUGUCAUUCCUUCAGAACACACCACCUCGCUCAGAAUAGAAUGCAAUGAAGAAAUGAUGUACAAAAGCUCAUUAGACGACCGAAGUUUCGCACAUUUAGUGAAACUGCGUGAACUUGUUUUGGAUAACUGUAAAAUUGGACGAUGGCCGCCCGGCGUACUCUCCGGCCUGAGAGACCUCCGAAAUUUAACGAUCCGAACGAAAAACACGGAAUGGGCUGCUAUGAGCUUAGAGAUAGCAUCUGAGAGCUUUACGGCCGUUCGUCAACUGGAGAAGUUAGACCUCAGUUUUAACAACAUUUGGUCGUUUCCGGAGAACUUGUUUUGCCCCCUGACUAAUUUAGUGUACUUGAAUGUGUCUUCAAACCGACUUCAAGAUGUGAGUGAUUUGGGAUUCCGGGAGAGAGCUAUGCAUCAAGCUCUAAUUAGUGAACAAGAUGGAUCUGCUCCCACAGCUGCAUCUUUGCCACACGCUACGUGCUCUCUAGAUAUAGAAGUGCUAGAUGCGUCAGAUAAUCACUUUGUGUUGAUGCCAGAUAAUGGAUUUAUGGCACUCAGAAGGCUAAAAGAGCUACACAUUCACGACAACGAAAUUUCUAUGGUGGCUGAUAAAGCUCUAUCCGGCCUAAAACAGUUGCAAAUUAUCGACCUAUCGAACAACAAAAUCGUCGCAUUACCACAAGACCUGUUCAAAGAUUGCCGGCCAGUCAUCAAGGAAAUAUAUCUGCAAAACAACUCAAUAAGUGUGCUCUCAUCCAGUCUAUUUGCUAAUUUAGAUCAACUGUUAGCAUUGGACUUAUCCAACAACCAUUUGACAAGUACUUGGAUAAAUGAAAAUACUUUCACCGGUCUUAUAAGAAUGGUGCUUUUGAACUUAUCAAACAACAGAUUGACGAAACUUGACCCAAAAAUUUUCAAGGAUUUGUACACGUUACAAAUAUUGAAUGUUCAACAUAAUAUGGUGGAGAGCAUCGCAGCUGAUACUUUUGCACCUAUGAAUAACUUGCACACGCUUAUUUUAUCAUACAACAAGAUAUCUCAUAUUGAUGCAUACGCCUUGAACGGAUUAUAUGUUUUGUCAUUAUUGUCCAUUGAUAAUAAUCACCUGGAAGAACUACAUCCCGAAGCAUUCAGAAACACAUCGUCACUGCAAGAUUUAAAUUUGAAUGGAAACCGUUUAAAGAAAGUGCCUAUAGCUCUACGAAAUAAUAAUAUGCGACUCUUGAGAACACUUGAUCUCGGCGAAAAUCAGAUAACAUCGCUGGAAGAGCCGGGUUUCGUUGGUUUGCAUAGCGUUUACGGCUUACGACUCAUUGGGAAUAAAAUUGAAAACAUAAGCAAAGAUGUGUUUUCUGAUCUACCAUCACUACAAAUUUUGAAUUUGGCUCGAAAUAGACUGAGGCACGUCGACAUGAGUGCCUUUGAAACAUUAACUAAUUUACAAGCCAUUAGGCUGGAUGCUAACCAACUCACAGACAUCCAAGGCUUAUUUGUAAAUAUUCCCUCUUUGUUGUGGUUGAACGUGUCAGAUAACCAAAUAGAAUGGUUUGAUUAUGCUGUUAUUCCCCCGGGACUUCAAUGGCUGGACCUUCACAGUAACAACAUCAAAGAACUACGAAAUAACUAUCGCAUGGAUAAAGAACUACGUCUACAAACGUUAGAUGCGAGCUUCAAUAAGAUGACAAGAAUAUACACUUAUUCAAUCCCGAGCAGCGUAGAGUUACUGUUCCUGAAUGAUAAUCAAAUUACGCAAGUUGAAGCUCAAACUUUUGUUGGAAAAACCAAUUUAACGAGAGUCGAUUUGUAUGCAAAUCAGAUAACUAGUAUGGAUCUCAAUGCGCUUCGUCUAACUCCAGUCGAUCCGGGGCGGCCCCUACCCGAAUUUUAUAUUGGAGGGAAUCCGUUUCAGUGUGAUUGUACUAUGGAAUGGUUACAGCGAAUCAACAAACUCGACCAUCUAAGGCAACACCCUCGAGUAAUGGACUUGGAGAGUAUUUACUGCAAGCUGUUGUAUAACAGAGAAAGGACUUAUAUUCCGCUCAUCGAGGCGGAAUCAUCGCAGUUUUUGUGUACAUACAAAACCCACUGUUUUACUUUGUGCCAUUGUUGUGAUUUUGACGCUUGUGAUUGUGAAAUGACGUGUCCGUCGAACUGUACGUGCUAUCACGACCAACCGUGGUCGGCUAAUAUUGUGGACUGUUCCGCGGCUGGGUAUUCCGAAAUACCGAACAACAUACCUAUGGACGCUACUGAACUAUAUUUAGACGGUAACAAUUUUGGUGGUUUAACAAGUCACGCUUUUAUUGGACGUAAAAAUCUAAAAAUAUUGUAUGCGAAUAACUCUAAUAUAGACGCUCUCUAUAAUAAUACAUUUAGUGGACUAAAACGCUUAACGAUCUUGCAUUUAGAGAAAAAUAAUAUAAAAGAGUUGCUAGGUUUCGAGUUGUCGCCUCUGGAGAAUUUACGCGAGUUACAUCUACAAGACAAUAAAAUACAUUACAUCGAUAAUCGAACCUUCAUGGAGCUGAGGCAUUUAGAGGUGCUGCGCUUGGAAGGAAAUAACAUUUACGGCUUCGCAGUGUGGCAAUUCACGAUGAAUCCAUAUUUGGUUGAGAUAAGCCUUUCGCGCAAUCCUUGGUCGUGCGACUGUCAGUAUAUGCAUAAAUUCCGAAAUUGGUUUAAAAAUAACCUCGGCAAAGUGGAAGAUUCCGAUAAGAUCACUUGUGUAUUCGAUAAUGUGACAAACGCAGUAGGACCGCAUAUGGCCGACUUCAAUUCGUCAGUUUGCACGAGGCAUGUCGGUGGAAGUUCUUCGAUAAUCGAAAAUCAAGUCAUAAACGAUUACCUUCCACUGUUAUUGAUAUCGUUAUGCGUGUUCGUUUUGAGCUCUGUAUUAAUUUGUGGAGUAUUUUAUUGGCGCCGCGAACUCCGAGUAUGGAUUUACUAUCAUUGUGGCUUCAGAAUGUGUUACAAAAGCACAGCCUUCGAUGACGAGGCCGACAAAGAUCGUCUAUUUGAUGCCUACAUAAGCUACAGUGUUAAAGACGAGGCGUUUGUCGCUCAGAUGCUAGCGCCGGGUCUAGAAUCGACCGACCCCAGUUUCCGUCUCUGCCUACAUUACCGCGAUUUUAACGCCUCGGCGUACGUCGCGGAUACCAUAAUCGAGGCGGUGGAGUCAUCAAAGAGGACCAUAAUAGUCCUAUCUAAAAAUUUCAUCAACAACGAAUGGUGUCGUUUCGAAUUCAAGACGGCACUGCACGAGGUAUUAAAAGAGAGACGAAGAAGACUGAUAAUAAUAUUGCUCGGUGAAUUGCCGAAUAGAGAUAUCGAUCCGGAGCUGCGUUUGUGUUUGAAGGCUAACACGUGUAUAGAGUGGGGGGAUAGGCAGUUCUGGCAAAAACUGAGGUUCGCGAUGCCGGACUUGAGGAAGUGUCAAUACCACCGUUCGACAGUGAAUAUUUACGCUUCGGUGUCUCCGGUGGGGGCCGGGCGGGCGCCGGCGCCGCCCCCUCCGCCGCCGCCGGGCAAGCUCCCCCCUCUGCUGGGCGACGGGCUGGCGCUGCCGGCCGGCGUCCACGCACGCGAUGCGCACUCCCACCGCAUGCCGCCGCACGCGCAGCUUUGGGCGUAGCGUAUGCUCCAACGCAGUGCAUCAUCCGAGCGCACUGCGUACACCUGGCUGCCAGACACCAGGAUUGAGUUCUGUUCACCCUACAGCCGGCAAAAGGGCUCCAACUCCACCAUCUACGAGAGUGACUGAUGGUGUGAUACCUUCGAUCAACUCGAAGAAGCAUUACUAUGACUGUGGACACUCAAAGUGCCAGUGUAGUGUUACCCAGUACAUCGAAGUGAAUCGUCUUCGACCUAUUCGUGUAUAUAACUAUCGUGUAACUCUUGGUUAAGGAUCAUGCA